AUUUUUUUCGCCUCAUACAGUCUUGUGUUUGUAGGCUAGGUUAUAAAACAUAAGAUUUCAAAUAGAACUGAAUGGAAAGGGGAAGAGUGAAAAAAGCAGGCCUACUUGGUUGAAAAAUACCAGGACAUGAUGGCUGGUAUUUCUAGAAGUUGGUGAAAAAAGAGAAGAUGAGUGAGAACUUGUAAUUUCCUGAAUGACAACACAUACUGUCAAAAGAGAAUCACAAGACGGAGAGAUGUGUCUGUACAUAAAACUGUGUCUCUGCAUGCUUUUACAGACUAGACUUGGACUCCAGUCAUCUGACCGUAGGCCCACAAGAAUCUUUGCUUCAAUUGGAGACAGUGUGCGUUUACCAUGUGGUACAUCCUACAUCAAUUCCUGCUCCUCUGUUACCUGGAGUAUAGUGAAAGAUGGGUUUCCUAACCAAUUAGAACUAUCAGGCAAGGUGAAAGCGGAUGGUCCAAACUCAGGAAGAGCCAGUCGACUGAAAGUGGGACAUGACUGCUCUCUACAUAUUCAAACUCUUGAAAUAGACGAUGGAAGAGUUUACACCUGUGGAGAUGGGGCUACUAGUUCAAGUGUUUCUCUUCAGCUUCUCAACAUUACUCUGGCAACAGACACCAAUACAGCACCAGAGAUGGAUAUCAAGCUCCAAUGUUACCUGAAUAUAUUCUCAGGCCUUGUCCCACAAUGCAACGAUAGUGAAAUAAAGCUGAAUUGGCUGAAUGAGGCCAAUACAGUGCUACAGGGAGAGAGAUUUCAAACCGAACGUUCAUCUGCUUGCCUCUCUACGCUGACCAUCCGAGGUGUAAGGAAGACAGACCAUCACAGGAAGUGGCGGUGUCAACUGAUUGAAGGAGAGGUUGUGAAGACGUCCCUCAGCUAUACCACAGAAAUUACAGGAGGUAUAGAGGAAGUGUUUGUCGCAGUGGGUGAGUCAGUAUCACUUCCCUGUGCCACCCACUCCUCUCUCGAGGUGGGCAGCAGAUUCCAGUGGACUCUGGGUCAAAGGUCACUGUCCAGUCUGUCUCGGUCAGGCGAUGUCUCAGCUGGAACUCAGGGUCACCUUCCUGCAUCUCACAUCAGCCAAGACGGGUCUUUGGUCAUCAGCAAUGUGAAAACACUGCAUUCUGGGCUCUACAACUGCUCGCAACAGAACAGAAUCCUACUACACACUCUGGAUGUAUCUGCAGAGUAUGCUACCACAGACGGAAACAAUCUCACCCUGACCUGCUCACUCACCUGUGUGGAAGAUUGUGGAGACUUCAAUUUAUCCUGGAUUCACAGUGGCCAGGAUGGGUUGCAGAGUGGCCCUAUAGGACAUAACAACACCCUCAUCUCCAAACUCUUCCUCCCUGACCGCCAGGGCACAGAGAAGAUAGCCUGCGCCGUGCUCAGAGAGGGGUUGAAAUGGCUGUAAAGGAGUGGACCAUCCAGAGAGGUCGUGUUCUACCUGCAGUGGGAUGGUCAGUCCUUCUGCUACUGCUGCUCUGUGCUGUUGGAGGGGGCGUGUAUUGGAAGAGGCAGGGCAAGGGAAGUGCCGCUCAAGGAGAAGAACAGCAGACACCUGUUGGAAUGACUCAUCUCUAUGACGAGAUUCAAGAUCAACCAAUUCAACCUUCCGGAGUAACCAACAACAGUUUCUAUGAUCUUCUGCAGGCUGGGAACUGAGUGUAAUGUCAUGUCCUCUAUCUUUAGGCUAUUAGUUGAGUUUUAAAUCUAAUUAGACUACUUUGUACUUUGCAUUGUUUUGUGGUUUGGAACAUUAUAAGUGUCACCAUGACAUCAAGUCUAUGCAGGUUGUUUUUUAUGAUGGAAAUAAAUUCAUAAAAAGAAAAUAACCUCUAUAGAAUAUCACCAGUUACCACAGUUAAAAACCCCGACAUAAGUUGGUUACAGGAACACAUUCAGUAUGACUCCUCAGUGUGGGGGGUUGAUGGCUAAGUCAACCCACCUCCUGUCUUGAACAUCACUCUGCUGACUUUCACAUCCCACAUGAAACCUGGUAGCUUCUCUUCAGCAGUGUAAAACUGUAGAUGUAUGGGACUGAGACAAGACACAUAAUACAUGAGAGUGAACAGAUAAGUGUGUUUAUUUAAUACAGGAUGGCAGUGCGUGAGCAUUAGCAAUACAAGUAAAAACCCCAGAACAGCAUGUCUCUCUGUCUGGAACAGCUCCCAACUACACAUCAUUUGGUGUAGAAAAGCGUCAGCAAAAGUUGUUCCACCAUGGGGUCACAAAUAAAGGAAUAUGUCCAAUCAAAUCAAGCUAAAUACAAUUGGUCACCUCAUCCAUUUGAUUAUUUCACAACUAAGAUUGUUAUUGUGUAAUACUAUGUAGGCUAUACCAGGGGUUGAACGAUAAGAUUGUUAUUGUGUAAUACUAUGUAGACUAUACCAGGGGUUGAACGAUAAGAUUGUUAUUGUGUA